AUGACUACCCUAUCACAACGCCCGCUCUCCCAGCUGGGUCCAAUACACCCACCCAAGCUCGGAAGUAUACGCGCUGAAGAGGUCCAAGCCAGGCAUGUCAAAAUCGAAGUUAAAGAUCCGCUUGAUCAUGAAGCACCAGCUAUUCUCCAUGAGCCACGCGACUACGACGCCGCCGAGGUGGGAAACGCAGCGGUGAUCCUGAUCAGUGGUGCAGGAGGCGGAGUGAGCGGACCAUCAGGGAUAUAUCCGUCUCUCGCAGACAAGCUCGCAAUCCUCACAGGAGUCCCCGUCGUCCGACUGGACUACCGCGUCCCAGCACGAACCCACUACUGUGUCCCAGACGUGCUCUCCACAAUGGACUGGCUGGAUGAGCAUUUCGAAUCCAGCCGGUUCGUUGUUAUCGGAUGGUCCUUUGGCGGCAGUCCCUGCUUCACCGUCGCAGCACAAGAGCCCAAGCGAGUCUGGGGCGUGGCAACAGUGGCAACCCAGACCGCAGGGACAUCGGGGGUCAGCAAGCUGAGCCCAAGGCCCUUGCUCUUGCUGCACGGAAGCGGCGAUACCUGUCUCUCGCAUGAAUGCUCCGAGUCUCUAUAUCAGCAGUACGGGCCUUCGGGAUACCGAGACAUGAAGAUAUUCAAGGGGGACAACCAUGGGCUGACGAUGCAUGCGCCCGAGGUCGAGGGUUUACUUUUUGUAUUUACUGCCAGGACUCUGGGACUCGAGGAACAAUUGACAGCAGCGUCAGUCAAGAUUGCGCAGCAGGACUGGGCAGGGAGUGAGGGCGAGCGAGUGAAGGAGAUGGAGCAGGGGCACGAUCUGGAGAACGAAGCCCUGAACCGGUGA